GACAGCUUUAAGUGAAAAUGAAACUAAACUGAGGGUCUACUUUCUGUAAGCCUUUUAAGAGAUCUUCAAGAAAGAAAGAAGAUAUUUGAGACAUUUAAAGCCAUACAUGAACACAUCUGAGACUCAUUCACAGCUUUAAAGGGAAGUUGAACAAUGGCAGAAUCUUCACCAACAUCACCAACACCAAGACGGACCAGAAAACGCAGUAAAGAUGAUCCUCCAUUUAUGUCUGAAGAGCUUCAGUGUUGUGUGUGUCUGGAUGUGUUCAGUGAUCCAGUCAGCACUUCAUGUGGACACAACUUCUGCAGGAUCUGUCUGAAACAGUACUGGGACAACAGUCAGAUCUACAACUGUCCAUACUGUAAAGAAAUAUUCAUUAAAAGACCAGAGCUCAAGAUCAACACAACACUUAGAGACCUCACACUGAUCUUUAAAGAAAAGUCAAGUCAAGUUAAGUCUGACAAGAUCAAUUUGAGAAGAUCUGAUCUCAUCCUCUGUGAUGUCUGUGAUGAAAGUAAACUGAAAGCCCUGAAGUCCUGCCUGAUGUGUCAGAUGUCUUACUGUGAAACUCACCUGGAGCCUCACCAGAGAGUCCUGAACUUAAAGAAACACAAACUGCUGGAUCCGGUGGAGAAUAUAAAUGACUAUAUAUGUGAGAAACAUGAGAGACCUCUGGAGCUCUUCUGUAGCGAUGAUCUGACACGUGUUUGUGUGUUUUGUACUGAUGGAGAUCACAAGAAUCACAACACUGUUCCUCUAGAGGAGGAGAGUAAAGUGAAGAAGACUCAACUGAUGAAGACACAGACAGACAUUCAGCAGAUGAUCCAGAAGAGAAUCAAGAAGAUUCAAUACGUCAAACACUCAGCAGAACUCAGAAAAAGAUGUCAGACGGAGAUGAUGGAGAUGAUGGAGGAGGAACAGAAACAGGAUGAAGAUCUCAUUAAAGAUCUGGAGCAGGAGAUCACUGAGCUGAAGUUGCAAGACAGUGAGCUGGAGAAGAUCACACACAGUGAAGAUCAUCUUCAUCUUCUACAGAUUAGCCCAUCAUCCCUGUUCAGACCUCCAGAUAUGAAGAACUGGUCUGAGAUCAGUAUGAAGACUCAUGUGAGAGUGGACUCUCUAACAGCCCUGACUCAACUACAGGAGAAAUUCACUCAGUCUGUGUUGAUGAAGAUGCAGCAGUUUGCAGUGGAUGUGACUCUGGAUCCUGAUACAGCUCAUCCAAAACUCAUCCUGUCUGAAGAUAGAAAACAAGUGAAACAUGGAGACAUUAAACAUAAACUCCCAGAUAAUCCAGAGAGAUUUGAUUAUUGUCCCUGUGUCCUGGGAAAAGAGGGAUUCACCUCAGGGAGAUUUUAUUUUGAGGUUCAGGUGAAGGACAAAACUGAAUGGGAUUUAGGAGUGGCCAGAGAAUCUAUUAACAGAAAGGGACAGAUCACAACAUCUCCUCAGAAUGGAUUCUGGACUGUGUGGCUGAGGAAUGAGAAUGAAUAUAAAGCUCUUGCUGGUCCUUCUGUCUCUCUGUGUCUGAAAGUGAAACCACAGAAGGUCGGGGUGUUUGUGGAUUAUGAGGAGGGUUUGGUUUGUUUUUAUGAUUUAGAGUCCAGGUCUCAUAUCUACUCUUUCACUGCUCAAACUUUCACUGAGAAACUCUUUCCAUACUUUAGUCCAUGUUUUAAUGAUAAAGGUAAAAAUUCAGCUCCUCUGAUCAUCUCACCUGUUCAUUACAACAAAUAAAUUCACAUCCAGAAUGUAAAACAUUAAACUUAAGCUUUAUAGAAAUAUGAAUCAUAAAUAGACAUUAUCUUUAUGUAAUAGUCGUUUUGUAUUGUGCAGCAUCAGAAUAAGAGUUGAAGAUUACAUAAAAAGUCAUUUUACUACAUUUGGUGUUAUAAGCCUAAUUCGGUAUUCAUGCAAUGGUGGUUCAUUUAUUUAAGUUAACUUUAAUAUUUAAAUUUCACAUUUUAAGCCCUCAUAUAAAACUUUUCCAAGGAAAUGAAAUGAUGAAUAAUGAAAGUGUUUAUUAUAGUGAGGAAUGGGUCCAUAUGGGUGGACUAUAGACACACUCGCUCUCCUUCUACAUACUGUACACUUCCUGUAUGUUAUAUAUUUAAACCAUUGCUGUAUCCAUGUUCACUUUGUGGUUAUUGUCAGUUUACUGAAAGUAAAUAUAACACUGUAACUAUAUAAAUAAAAACUGUUACUACCUGAUUUGGAGCAAUAUAUCAAGGGCCAGAUUUACUAAACAGGGCAAAUUAGCGCAUGAGCGCAAUUCCAAAAAUGCGCUGAUGGGAGUGGUGAUAUCUGCGGGUUAUUUACUAAAAAAGCGCUAAUUAAAUAACACAGGCGCAACAGCUGAUUUCCAUAAUGACCAACCAAUCUACUAAGAGCAGCGCAAAUUAGCGCAUGGUUGCAAAUAAGCAGAGAUGAUGCUCCUGCAGGUGCAUGUGAUAUACAGGCCGAUAAAUAAAGGCAGAGAGACGCGUGAACUUAUCUGGUAAAAUGAUGGCGGAAAAGACCAAGGAGAGGCAGCGGAGGGAGAAGUUUUCUGCCCAAGAACUGGAUGUGUUAGUAGAGGAGUGUAGUAAUUAUAGUAAAAUGCUUCAAAAUCGCAAUGUCCAAACUGCUCGCAAAAAGGACAUUUGGAACUGAAUUGCGAAAAAGGUAAAUGCAAUAGGGGGUAAAUCGCGUUCCGCUGAUGAAAUUAAGAAAAGAUGGCAUGACCUAAGGAGACGUACAAAAGAAAAGGUCGCUUUUAAUAAAGCAGCAGUGAAGAAGACCGGUGGUGGUCCUAUUGAGGAAAUGCCCCUGACGCCUUUAGAGGACUUCAGCACCACGGACAACGCAGGUGAAAAUGCGGAUUGUGAAAUUCCAGCUAACGUAGCCACAGUAGACUGAAAAGAACCGGAGGACAAAAAAUGAAGUGUUGCAAGAAGUUUUGAAACACCUGGGAUUGCGUGACUCCUUCUAGUUGAGGGCUCCAGAUCGUCUUGUAUUUCUUCCAGCAAAUUUAGAAUAACAUGGCAUGGCAAACGAAAUUUUUGGAUAAUUUGUUGUUCUGGCAUUCCAAAUAAAUUGAUACGUGUGGAAAAAAUCCUCUCCCUUCUACCAUGCAGUCUCUGAUUUCUGCGAUGUCUCCUCCUAGCAACAACAAAUGCAGCCAUUUCGAGCGCAAAAUGAUUUAAGACAUGCUUUUUUUCGGCGUU